CUUGCCCCCCACCUUGGGGGGCACCUGGACCGCCCCCCCCACAGCCACAGCUGGAUCGGGGCCCCCCACAGGUAGACCGGGACGAGCUGGGGCAGGGAAGGACACAGCGCCUCCCAGCGGCUGCCCCCUCUCGGGCAGGUACAUCUGGCCAUGCAGGGGGCCCUGGCUCUUCUCCUGGGCGGCCUCCCACAACUCUCUGGCCUUGCCAGCUCUCCCCGGCGGCGCCAGCUUCCCACGCAGGGAUCAGAGCAAGUGUUCCUGGAGGCAGGACAGGCACACAGGUUCCUGGGGCGCCGGCUGCACUACAACCACUGGGACUUUGAGCUGGUGACACCAGGAAACCUGGAGCGCGAGUGCCGUGAAGAAGUGUGCAACUACGAGGAGGCCCGAGAGAUCUUUGAGGAUGACACCCUCACAAAAGCCUUCUGGGAGACCUACCCCUAUAAUGGCAGAGGCGGGAGCUCAGACACGGCCGGUGUGGAUGUGGCUGGCCUGGUGGCUGCACUAGUGGCUGCUGUGGUGCUGACCGUCCUGUUCGCUGUUAUCCUCAUGUACUGGGUCAGGUACCGGAACAAAGACAGGAGGCAGCGCAGCAUCCUGGUGCCCCUGAACCCUGAGCUGCCCCUGAGCUGCCUUCCAGAGACCCCCAAACCACCAGAUGCUCCUGGGCUGCCAUCCUACCAGGAGGCCCUGGAGGCUUCAGGGGCCUAUGAUGCGCCCCCGCCACCCUAUAACAGUUUCCUUAGCUGGUACAUGAUGUCCUGAUGUCCCCCACCCCUUGAAGAGCCCAGACACCACAGUGACAGACCUUCUCUCAGUUCAUCCACAUGGAAACUCCUGCCAUAGAGCCCAGCCCUGGCUGAGAGAUCCAUUUCCCUGCCCCCUCCAGUCUAUCCAUCCAUCCAUCCUGAAACGGCUACAUCCAGAGUUCCCAGUGUGUGUGUGUGUGUGUGUGUCUGGGGGGAGGGUGGGGGGGGACUUCUCUGAAUCAUGACAAGUCCAUGAUCCAGAGCAGGGGGUGAGUGGGCACCAGGCUAGAACCUAUAACACCCGUCUGCCAUGGGGUAGGGGCCAGGCACAGCACAGCCCCUGAAUCUCAGCAGGGGCCAAACAAGAAAUAGGGGAGGUGGAAACUGAGGCACAGCACAGGAUGGGUGUUUGGCCUUUACCUACUCACGCAAGGUGGUUGUGGGGGCUGGUCCCCACCGCCACCUGCCAUGUUGCCCCAUCCAGCAGGGGGCACCAGGCUGUAGUGGGUACCUGCCUCCCCCUGGGCUGCCAGGGGCCUGCUGGGAAAUCUCAAGGGAGAGAAGAGAUGCUGCUGGGUUUGGGGAGGGGCUGCGGUUGUUACCCCAGCUGACCCCAUUUCCCUUCCU